AUGGAGACACAGAUUGGCCAACUCGCCGACUCAAUGAAGAGCCUAUCAUCCGGGAGCUUUCCUAGUGACACUGUGAAAAACCCCAAGGAGCAAUGUAACGCAGUCACCUUGAGAAGUGAGAAAGAAGUUGAGGCUCUUAAGCCCCAAGAGGAUAAAACUAAGGAAAAAGAGGUAGAAUCAAAGCAACCAAAGGAGAGUGCAAGGCCUAAGUCGAUCUCUUUUCUGGAUAAUCCUCCUCUCAUCACUCCUACCCUUCCAUAUCCACAAAGAUUCAAGAAGAAGAAUAUGGAUGCUCAAUUUUCAAAGUUUUUAGAGAUUUUCAAGAAGAUCCAUAUCAACAUUCCGUUUGCGGAUGCACUUGAACAAAUGCCUAAUUAUAUCAAGUUUAUGAAGGAUGUCAUGGCAAAAAAGCGGAGGUUGGAGGAUUAUGAGACCGUCAAGCUAACGGAAGAGUGUAGCGCUAUCCUUCAAAGGAAAUUGCCUCAAAAGUUGAAGGAUCCUGGGAGUUUCACUAUUCUGUGUACUAUUGGAGAUUCUCACUUUGAGAAGGCCUUGUGUGAUCUUGGAGCUAGCAUCAACCUCAUGCCUCUAUCGAUUUUCUAG